AUGGAGGAAAGGAACGUGCUCGAGUACGCAGAAGUGAUAAUCGACCGGCAGAGAGAUAAGAUCAACGAGCUGGAGAAAAAACUCGUCGAGCUGCGAAGCAAUAGCGAAGAGCUGCAAAAAAAUGCCUUGAAAAACGACGAAGAAAAUAAAACCCUGAGGAUGGAACUAAACAGAAAAAAAGAAAACGACAUGAUGUUGAGCAUGCAACUAAGUAAAGAAAAUGAGUUUCUUCAAAAAAUCAACGUACUGGAAAAGCAACUGCUCAAAAGAGACACCCUUUUGGAGGAAUUAAACAACCUUUUGAAAAAAAGAAAAUAUGAAUACGAAUUGUUGUUACAGGAAAAAGAAAACCUAAUAAAUACAGUUAACAUGAUGAGAAGUGAUAUGUGUAAAAAUAGGAAGGAGGCAAAACUAAAGGAAGAAGAAUUUUUAAAUAAUGAAAAAGAAAGUGAAAAUUUCUUAAAUCUCUAUAAAAAUAAUAAUGAAGAAUUGCACAUCACCAAGAGGUGCUUAAUACAAAUUGAGACUGAACUACAUUUGUAUAAAAAACAAAACGAAAAACAGAAAAAUGAAAUCCAGAGGCUUUACAAAAUAAUUAGCUGUAUGAACAAGGAAAAGGCUCUUACACCUCCUGUCGUAUUAGCCUUACAAAAUGAUUAUAUAAGAGGUAGAAAUAGUAAAACCCUAAAUGAAUAUAUGCAAGUGAAGACUAUUGAGGAUUCCCCCCCGGGUCUGUCAACACAAAUGGAGAAUAAGACAACCAUACUGAAGCACAUAAGUCCUGAAGGAAAACUGGAGAAAAGGAUGACUUAUGAUGAAAAUUUACUAAAAUUAAAUUUAAUGCAGUCGCAGGAACAGAAAAAUCUAUUUAACAAAAUAUUAGAAACAUUAAACAAAAUUCAGCAUGUGAAAUAUGGCGAUAAUAAAGUUGAUUUUUUCUUUUCCAGCAGCGUUUUGCACUUUCUUGAAAAUAACAAGGCACAGAAAUCAUUGUGCAAUAAUAAUAAAUCACUAAAUAAUUUAUUCAGCUUAACCAGCGAGUCGGCGGAAGACUCCAGUCAUUUAUCGGACGCCAGUUCCUAUAAUGCACUAAAAAAAAAAGCGCACUUAGGAAAGAACAAGAAGGAUAAAAAAAGGAAGAAAAAACAAAAGAAGGAGAAGACGAAGAAGAAGAAAAAAAAUGGCAUAAUUCUUCACGCUCCGUUUUCAAUGAAGAAAAGUAAAAAGGACAAGAAAAAAAAGGAAAAGCAGGGAGUUGGACAAAUGGACAUAUUAUCAGGGUCGGAAGACAACUCAAGCGAAGGCAAUGACAGCUAUGCACAGCACAGCCCUGGGGACAAGACGACCACCAUCAGUGAUGACACGAGUCAAGGUACAAGUGAAGAGACCACAAGCGAGGAAGACACACACAGUGAUGGUGAAGAGGGGGACAGCGAAAGCGAGGGUAGUGCAAACAGUGAUGGUAAAAGUAGCCAUAACAACAGCGAAGACGAUUCGAGCAGCGAUUCACAGAGCGAUUCGCAUGACGCCUCUGCCAAACGGGGACAUCACAAAGGAGGCACCAGCGAUGAGUCGGCAAGUGACACAGAUGAAGACAACAUCAACCAUAUAAAGAAAAAAGAAAGUUACAUAGGAAAUAACAAGACACUAUUAAACUUUGAGAAUUAUAAAGAAAAAUUCAUAGGAAUUACAAAUAAAGAAAUAUUUAUAUAUAACAAAAAAGGGGACGAAGUACCCGUAUACGUUUUAAAAAAUAAAAAUGUUAAAAAUGUCAAGACGUUUUAUAGUAAGCAGGUGUAUAUGUUGGAGUAUAUUUCAUUCGACGCCACUUUACAAAAGCAUUAUUUUUUAAUAAAAAAUGAUGAUAAGUCACUCAGAAUGUACUACGCUUUGCAGUAUGCAGGGUUUAUCAAACAUAACAUGGACAAAUUUGACGCGGAGGAAGAAAGCAAAAGGGAUUACGCGGCAAGACUAAACAAAAAUUAUUAUGAGAACAAAACACACAGUGUAAGUGAUGCACAAGAACGGGCUUCAUAUUAUAACAAACUAAAUUCGACCUCCCCAGAAAUUACUGUAAAUAUAAUUACUCCUAGCGGGAUUGACCAAAAUGGUAAUAACGUACCUUACUUAUGUAGUAAUGUACGAAUGAAAGGAAGCCCCAGAAAUAAUCAUCUAAUGCUUACACAUGUUGACAAUAAAAAGGCUUUUAUUAAUUGCCAACAUUAUCAUAUGGAUUAUAAAAAUAAUAAGGUCACCCUCUAUUUUAAUGAUUUCAAAGAUCAGCAUAUUAUUUUGCCAAAGAGUAAAGGGUGCACGGGUAUCCUGCAGGACAUCCUAAAUCAAAUGAGCUGGAAAAAUACGCAUCAGAUUUACGAACCGGCCAACAAAGAUGCAUACAAGGAUAAAGAUGUAGACGGAUCUGACAUGGCUUCUUACGACUCUGAAGAGUUAGCCGCGGGGAAGAGGAAAUAUGAUGCUAGGGAGAAAACGGGCCAACGGGGUGUCAACAGAGAUGGGGACAAGGAUGGAGGAAGAGACUUCUUUAGAGAAGUGGAUAUGCCACGUAAUAGAGAAGUAGACUCGAAAAGGGAAAGCGAAGAUGACAGGAAAAUGGGAAUCCCCAGAAUGGGCUUAAUGGAUAAGGCAGUCGAAACAGAGAGCCACAAAGUGAAGGAAGGUGCGUGGGAACAGGAGCAGGAAGGAGAGAAAAAACGAUACGAGGAGAAAGACAAGGAGGAUAGAAAGGAUGACAUCAUGGCAAAUUCGAACAUGCAGGACAAAAUGGAAGAUACGUUCUGUAUAAAAGAUAAUGUACUUUACAUAUCCAAAAAUGGCAACCCUUUUAAAAAGGGCCAAAUGAGCUUCAACGAUGAAAAUUCUUUUAAAUUCCAAAAUGAAAAUGUGAAGACAUUGAGAGAUGAUAACGAGCAAGAAUUAACAUUUAUAAAGAGUGAACAAAAUAAAGAUGAGGAGACCUACAUUUUUCACUACCUCAAAAAGGAGAAGUACGAUCAUAUUAUAUCCAAAUUGAGUAAGAACAAUUUUAACGUUAUUCAGAAAAAUGAUUAUGAUAAAAUGAAAAAACAAGAAACAAAAAAAGAUGAAGACAGGGGAAACAAAUCAUUUAAUACAGAGUCACAUGGAAAGGCUGAAUCGGGGGAGGAAAAAGUAGAGAAAAAGGAUAAAUUUAUUAAAAACAACCAAGUAGUUGUUAUCGAGAAGGGAAUAUUAUCAAUUUAUAAAGAUUAUGGAAACGAGAAUUCUGUUCCCAUACUCAAAUUUACAUCCGAUUCUUGUGAUGUACGAGCAAAUGAACAGAACGGAGAAAUUAGCAUAAAAGAAACGUCAAAAGAUUCUAAUGAUAAAAUUGUUCUCGACUGCUUAAAUAAAACAGAAUUUCAUAGGUGGAAAAAUGCCCUAUGUUUCGGUGGCUUUAUAAAAGGAGAAAGUGUCAGCAGUUCGUACAUGAAUUUGAAAAAACACAUAUUCUCCAUCAAUUUAUUUGACAACUUGGAAAUAAAAAGUUUAGUCAGAGUCAAUAAUAAUUCUAUAUGCAUUUAUCUAAAUAAUGAAAUCAAGAAGCCCUUAUUUUCCUUUGACAAGGAAAAAAUAGAAUUGGUCAUAAUUCCCAACUUAAGGAAAAUACGAAUUUAUAUGCAAAGGGAUACCGUAUAUGAACAGCGAUACGAUAUAACCAUAUCGUUGGCGCGAGAUUUCGCAAGCAUUAAAGAGCAAAUAGAAAAGUUCAAUUUUCACACAUUAAAUAAGAAAAAAACAAAAAAAAUAAGAAAGCCCUUUGUUUUGUGCAAAAAGAAUGUUAUUACUAUACAUAAGGAUAAAUAUAAAUUAAAACCGGACCUUAUACUGGACAAAAAAAACUGCACAGUUUUAUACGAUAAAAACAAAUUCAAGAUAACCUUUAAAAUUAAAAGUAAAUUAGAUAGCACUCACGUAGACCUGAAAACUAUUACCCUAUCUAAUGCACUUAAUUUUAACAAAUGGCUGGUCACACUAAAAGUGGCUUCCUUCAUACCUGGCUUCCAAGAAGUAGAACAGGACAUUUCCUUCCCCACCAUCGUUUUUGGGCAUACGUGUCCCGAGGCGACUAGCUUACUUGGCAAGAGAAAUUCGUUCAUGAAUUUUUUUAAAAAAUAG